UCUCGCUGCAUUUCUCGCCAACGAAACACUUCCCUAAUAAUGAUGAGAAGUUCGAAACGGAAGCUUCAACAUGAAGCACCACUGCACGCUGUUAGCAAAAAGCUCCGGUCGAAGAUUCCUCGCCGGAGAAGACGUCAGAUCUCGCCGGUGCUAAUUGCUUCACCGAGAUUCAAAGUGAAUGGCGAGAAUCGGAAUGUGUCAGUUAUUUCUGUGGAUUCGAGUUCCGGCUCUGAUUUCGCCGGCGGUGAAGUUUCGUGCAAUUCGAGCAGGAUUUCUGCUGUUUUGUCCAGUAAGCGUUCUAGAAAUGAAAUUUCAAGCGAAAUUGAUUGUGUUCGGAAGGAGGAAUGUGUGAGUUUGUUGAGAAAUCCGAGAUUUGAGAAGCGGAGUGAAAAUCAAGUGGAAGUUUCUGAGACUUCGUGUGUGGAUUCUAAUUCUGGAGUUCGUGAACGGAGUAGGAGCUUGAUUUUGAAGUUCAACGGUGGGAAAGAGAAUGAUGAAGUUUCGGAAGUUACUUGUGCUGAGAAUUCAAAAUCGAGUAACGGAAAUUUGAAUAUAACGCGAAAUGAUGUCAUUUCUGUUAGUUCUGGUGCUCGAGAAACCUCGUGUAUAGAUGAGAACGGCACGGAUUUGAAAGCGCAAUCGAUUAUGAAGCAAUUUCCGGAUAAUUCAGGUUACGAUUCCGAUCUAGCUUGCUCUGAGCAAUUGCAAUGUUCUUACUACGAAGAUGAAUCAGAGUAUUGUUCAAGUCAGGGAACUACGUUCUCUGAUCUUCACUCCGAGAUGUUUGGUGAAUGCUCGGACUGUAGUCAGUCUCUGUUUGAAUCUGGUAGCGAGUUUUCACAGGGAUCCGUUGGUGAAACACCUUCACACACUUAUUCGUUGCUCCUUCAAUACCGAGAGGAAUUCAUGACGUUAGGUUAUUCUGUUAACAAUACUUCACGUGUUGAAGGAGAUGCUUCUCUUCAAUGCAAUUUUUCAAGGUUUGAAGAUUUGGAUGAUGAAGACAGUUACCAGAUGCUUAGAAAGAGGGAGCGGAAACAAGUUUUCAUGUGGAAUUAUGCUGAGAGAUAUUUCUCUACCACGGAUUUUACUGAGCUUAUAUUUCAGCAACGCUGCCGAAUGGUUCACUGGAUUGUUGAGCAUUCUUAUCGAAAACAGCUUCGACAAGAGACAAUAUUUCUUGCAAUCAACCUACUUGACCGUUUCCUGAGCAAGGGAUACUUCAAAGCUGAAAAAAGCCUUCAAAUUGUUGGAAUAGCGUGUUUCACGUUGGCAGUCAGAAUUGAAGAAAACCAGCAAUGUAACAGAGUGGGGCAAAAAUAUUUCUACAUAGAAAAAAGUGUGUACAGUAGAUGUGAAGUGGUGGCUAUGGAAUGGAUGGUGCAGGAGGUGCUCAAGUUUCAGUGUUUUCAUCCAACCAUCUACAAUUUCUUGUGGUUCUAUCUUAAAGCUGCUAAUGCUGAUGCUGUUAUGGAGAAAAGGGUCACUUGCCUAGCAUUACUGGCUCUGUCAGGUCCUGAUCAACUGUGUUACUGGCCCUCAACUAUUGCUGCUGCACUUGUAAUCCUUGCUUGUCUAGAAUACAAUGAGAACGCUUCCAACAAAGUCAUAGGGAUCCACAUUAGAUCAAAGGAUGAGAAUUUGCAUGAAUGCAUGGAGUGCCUGGAGUGGUUGUUACGCUAUCUAUGAUAACAAAAUAGCUGGAAGGAGCACAUCAGUUAUGGAUUGGUGAGGAAGGUUUUCUACCCAUCCAAAGGAAAAUGGUUAUCUUACAUUGAUUCAUCAAGCAUUAUUAAUACUAAAUAAAUUUCAUUUGUUUACCUAUAUCUAAUGGGAAGGAAAUUCAAUUCUUUUUCCCAUGUAACUAACUAUAUUGGUUGUCCUAUAAUAUAGGAAACAAAAUAUCCACAGUUUAUAGAUACUUUGAAACCAUACAACUGGGUAGAAAACUCAGCAGACAACAGUUACUUGUAAAUGACCUACAAAUAUAUUACAGGGUUAUA